CGACGCAAACGCAUUUCCAAAAAUUCUAAUUUUGAAUUCUCUUGUUUCUCGCUGUCGCUGGCUCGCUGCCCCUGUAGCACCACCGUUCGCCGUUCUGUUUUAAGUUUUAAGCCCUAAAAUCUACCUCCUCUUUUUUCACUCGCGGCCCGCGCUGCUUUGCUUCUUUAUUAACAUUUUGGAAACCAUUUUCUUCUAGAUUUCAAGAGAAAUGGAGUUUCGAAACCAUCUCAACGGUCGGAUUUCACCGUCUUCCCUCGCCGAUCGCGGCAGCACUGCUAGAUUCACUGCUCUAACUCUACAACCCAACUACAGUAGCCGGGCUGUUCAAGAAGCUUUGGAACACUUGGCAUCUGUUGAUUUAAUUGAGUUGUGCAGUGAAGCAAAAGUUGAGCGUUGUCGGGCAACUAGAGAUUUGAGAAGCUGUGGAAGAUACGUAGAGAAUGUAAUAGUCUCAUGUGGGCAUGCGUCCUUAUGUUCAGAAUGCAGUCAGCGGUGUGAUCUUUGUCCAAUUUGUAGAAUUCCCAUCCCUAAGAACAGCAAUAGGCUCUGGCUUCGCCUUUAUUAUGAGUGCAUACAGGCUGGCCUUAUUUCCAAAAAGUGUGAUGAAAGAUUUCAAGAGAAAGAAGAUGGGGACAAUCAAUUGACGGCUGAUGUACAGCGCCUUUAUUCUUUAUUUGAUGUAGCCUUGGAAAAUAACUUGGUUUCUUUGAUUUGCCACUACGUAACAGAUGUAUGUAUGGAUGAAAGCGCUGUGUCUAGCAAUCCUGUCAUUGCUUUCUUGUUGGAUGAAGUGGUUGUGAAGGAUUGGUGCAAGUGGACCUUCAGAAGCAUUGUAUUACAGCUUGAAGCAAUCUAUAAUCUUCAAGAAGAAGAAAUGAAAACCAGGUUAAAUUGUCUCGUUAAGCUUUCAGUGCAUUUAGCUGGAUUGUCUGAUGUACUUGAAGUUUUGGAUUCAUCAUUUAAGGGUAAUCUUUCAGCCCAGCUUCAUGACUUACAGCUCCUUCAGGAAACCAUUUUAAAGACAAAGCAGCAUUUGGAGAUUAUGAAAUGGUGUAUACGACAACAAUUUUUGGAAAAUGUGAAGUCACGUCAUGCUGAUUUUAACUCAUGGCGUUCUGUAGUUCGUGAAAGGAAAGCAGCUGCAAUAACACGUUCAUGGCCUGAUGCAGCAAAUCAAUCUGCUGAGUCCAUUAUGCAAACUGGUUCCUUGUUCAUUGAAGAUGCUUUGGCAAAUCUCGAGAUAGAGCAAGGAUAUGUGCAGGAGAUAGGGGAGGAAUUAGAACUUGCAUCUUUACAGAAAGAUCGUGGAUCAUUUUUUAGGUCUAAAAUAGAGGGGGUGGCAGGGUGUUAUCCGUUUGAAAGUCUUCGAGCAGCUGUUGAUGUACUCUUUUUACAUGGGAGCUCUGAUUUGGUGGUUGCAAAGCAAGCGAUUUUACUUUAUUACUUUUUUGAUCGGCAUUGGACGAUGCCAGAUGAUUGUUGGAGGCACAUUGUGGAUGAUUUUGCAGCUACAUUUGGUAUAACUAGGCAUGCCUUGCUUGAAUCACUUGCCUUUUAUCUUCUAGAUGACCAUACUGAUGAAACUCUAAAGGAAGCUUGUCACCUGCUUCCAGAGAUCUCAGGCCAAUCAACUCACCCUAAAAUUGCUCAAGUGCUGUUAGAAAGGGAAGCACCUGAAGUAGCUCUGAUGGUCUUACGGUGGUCUGGACGUGACGGAUCACAAAUGGUUUCGCUUAAUGAGGCUGUCACUGCUGUUCGGGUGAGGGUUGAGUGUGGACUUUUGACAGAAGCUUUUAUGCAUCAAAGAAUGCUGUGCGCCAAAGUCAGGGAAAAGAAGUGGAGGGAUGGACUGCCUGAUGAUUCUUCCAAUCACUUAAAAGGUGAAUGCAGGAGUUGGGAGGACUGGGUGGAGGUACUGGUGACUGAAAUUUGCUGUCUUUGCAUCAAAAGCAAAUUGGUGGACCGGAUGAUAGAGUUGCCUUGGAAUUUAGAUGAAGAGAAAUAUAUCCAUAAAUGCCUUUUAGAAUGUGCAAUCCAUGACCCUUCAACAACCACUGGAAGUCUUCUUGUUGUAUUUUACCUGCAGCGCUACCGAUAUGCUGAGGCAUGCCAAGUUGAUCUCAGGCUUCAGAGUGUGGAACAGGAUUUCAUUUCAAAGAACACUGUUAGUGAGGAAGUUUUAUCUAGAAUGAGGUCUGCUAGUAAUUGGAGAACAGGACUUGUUGCUAAAUCCAUUGAGUUGCUACCACAAGUCCAACAGCAGCAAGCAAAGACUGGAAAACUGCUGCCUGAGAUUUAUAAUAUUUCUGGCAAGCAAGAUAAAACACCGGCAAAAUCUGAUCUUGCUGGGAUACAACAGCCAAAUUCAAGCAGUUUAUUGAUUCCCUCGUCUACUGAUUCUUCAAUUGUGCUUCAGACAAACCAUAUCACUCCGAUUAUAUCAUCAGUUCUUGAAACUCCAACGAGACUUGUUGGAUCUUUCAGCAAACCUCAUUUUGAACUUGGUAACCAUGGCUCUCCAUCAAUUUUCCAUGAAAGGUUUUUUAUAAAUGAAGGAAAAGGACCGAAGCCACAAAUUAGCACUGAUAAGAAUGUUAAGUAUGAUGAAACCCCAGCUCCUGGAAUUCCUCGUGUUAGUCCCAUGAGUGCCACGCCAUUAAAAGAUAUCAACAGAACUACUUCUAAAGUGCUUCUUGAAAACCACCUGCUUCAGAAUCAAUUUGAUAGUGUCUUACCAGAAAUGGAACAAAAUGGCUUUGCUGAGCAAUUCCAAAACAUGCCCCCCAACUAUUUCCACAAGGUUAAAGCUAACAUAAAUGCUCUGUCUGCUAGCAGUCGCGGCUUUCCUGAUGAUUCCACUCAGCUAUCUAGUAAAAGAAGUCAUAUUUAUAGAUCAUAUGAUGGAUCUUUGAAUAUGAAUUCCGGAGAUACAAUGGACAUUGGUUCAAGUGGUCAAGAGAGGGAUUUUCCUAUCGAUGAUGUAAAUGUGAAUGGUGUAUCAAGAUGGAGGUCUGAUGAGUCCAGCGAUGAAGAGGAGCAUAAUCUGGAGAGAGCUGUUGGAGUAGCUACCUAUACCACUCCAGGAAGAAGAACUCGGAGAACCAGGGUUGCUAGAAGAUGAUUACCAUUAUUGGUUCUGCAGACAAUUAAUUCCUUUGACCAUCUAUGAUCGCUCCUCAAUAUAAAUGGGAGCCCUAAACAGCAGGAGUAAGCAGUGAAGAAAGCCACAAGUUUUGUUGGUUAAGAGGGAUCAACUGCUAAAGCUUACAUGUUCCAAUGAGAGGGUAUAUAUAAGCAUACCCAUAAUCUGAUUCAUAGUUGCAGACUGAGAUUCAGAUAAAAUCUUCCUUUUUCUUCUUGCUGCUUCGUUGAUCGAAGGUGGAAUCAUGCUUUCAGAUACAUUUUUGCAUCUAGUAAUUCACAUCAUUUAUCAGUUUUCCCCUUUUUGCUAGUUUCCAACCAAUUUGUAACUCGAUCUGUGUUUUUCGACAUUGCUCAAUUACAAAUAUAAAAUAUUUAUGUUGCUGUGUGGCUGUAUGCCUUAUCACUGGCAUAUACUGUUAA